CCUAUCUCCUCCUCAGAUAUUUUUUUCUUCCCACUCACACUGCCGCACAGUCACUCUCCCCCACCAUGCACUCCAACUGUUUGUAUAAAUCCCCCUGUGAAGUGAACUCUCAUCGCCAUCACCGAAAACCUUCGCCUCAUAGUAAAAUCUAAGCUUUCUCAAACCCCAAUUCGAUCCCCCAUGGCGUCGACAGUCACCUCGACCUUCAAAACCACUUUCCUCGACACCAAAUCGGCCUUCCAUGGCGCUCCGAUCCCGGCCUCCUCCGCCCGCUUCACAACCAUCAAAUCUGCAGCGAGCGUCACCAUGUCCAUGUCCAGCCCGCCCCCUUACGACCUGAACUCCUUCAAAUUCGCGCCGAUCAAGGAGUCCAUCGUCUCCCGUGAAAUGACCCGCCGAUACAUGACCGACAUGCUCACCUACGCCGACACCGACGUCGUCAUCGUCGGCGCCGGAUCCGCCGGUCUCUCCUGCGCGUACGAGCUCAGCAAGAACCCCGACAUCCGGAUCGCCAUCAUCGAGCAGUCCGUCAGCCCCGGGGGCGGCGCGUGGCUCGGCGGCCAGCUGUUCUCCGCCAUGGUCGUCCGCAAGCCCGCCCACCUCUUCCUCAACGAGAUCGGCGUCGACUACGACGAGCAGGACGACUACGUCGUCAUCAAGCACGCGGCGCUGUUCACCUCGACGAUCAUGAGCAAGCUGCUGGCCCGGCCGAACGUGAAGCUGUUCAACGCCGUUGCGGCGGAGGAUCUGAUCGUGAAGGGAGGCAGAGUGGGCGGCGUGGUGACGAACUGGGCAUUGGUGUCGAUGAACCACGACACACAGUCGUGCAUGGACCCUAACGUGAUGGAGGCGAAAGUGGUGGUGAGCUCGUGCGGCCACGACGGGCCGUUCGGAGCCACCGGAGUGAAGAGGCUGAUGGACAUUGGGAUGAUCGACAAGGUUCCCGGGAUGAAGGCCCUCGACAUGAACGCGGCCGAGGACGCGAUCGUUAGGCUGACUAGGGAAGUUGUCCCCGGGAUGAUUGUUACGGGGAUGGAAGUUGCUGAGAUCGAUGGAGCUCCAAGAAUGGGACCGACAUUUGGAGCGAUGAUGAUCUCCGGCCAGAAGGCGGCUCAUUUGGCACUGAAGGCACUUGGAGAAGCAAAUGCCUUGGACGGUGGAGUCAACGGGAAGGUGAAGCAGCCGGAGUUUGUUAUUGCUGAUGCAGAAACUGCCGUAGAGACUGUGGAUGCUUAAUGAUGAAUGUGUAAAAGUAAUUAAUAAAUGAAUGUCGAGUUGAUAAUAAUAAGAGGAGAAGGGAAGAAGAAGAAGAAGAAGAAGAAGAGCUAGUGUGUGAAUGAGGUGUUUGCUAGUUCUUUUGGGUGUUUUUUUCUUCGUUCUUUUGGCUUUUUGGAAGAGUGUCGUAGACAAGCUUUAGUUAACUUGGGGAAGUGCUAAUCCGUGUUUGAUCUGGAUUCCAGUCUGAUUGCGUGUGUGAGCCAUUUCGGUCCAAUCAAGCAAGCUUUAUGGGCUUGAAGCCUCUAUCUGUAAACAUGGGCCGAUGUCUUGAAGUAAUGUCGUGGUGGGUUAUGAUUCUGUCUUCGACUUUCAAUCUCCUGCAUGGAUUCAUCAAAUUGUCCCUUAACUCCCUCGCUCCUUAAAAACAUUAGAAGUACAAGUCCAUUUACUUAGGAAAGCCCGUGAGUGUAAAUGAUUUAUGAACUUUCAUCCAUUUUUUUGUUUAUAUAUUUUGUAGAUGUUCAACAUCAUUCAUGUAUAAUUUGUCUAAGUCGGGCUCAGUUGGUCACUUCGUCAGCUUCCUCGCUCACGAAUUUGUUGUGCGUUCGAGUUCGUUAGGAGUCAAUCCAUGGCGUGCAUAGCCAUUAAGUCGAGCAUCCGAGCUUGUAAGAUGUCAACCUCGUAGUUUAGCAGCUCGUUAGCUUCUUCAUCCUCGACGAGCUUGUCAGAUGUCAACCUCGCGGGUGUAUAGUCAUCAAGCCACGUUCAUCUAAGCUAUGCUAAUUAAUAAUACUAAAAUCAACUUAUGUUGGACACUUGAUUAAAAAAAUUGCUUCAUGAGGAUCCAGUGACAUUGUAAACCAAUUUAAUGGUUGCUUAUUCAACGCUUCCCCCCGUGAUUUCUGUAAGUGAUAAGAUUGAGCCAAGAAAGGGCACUCCACACGUACCCCAAAAUGAUGUAAUACAGGAUAAUUUGGUGC